AUUUGCCUUAAACAUGCUAGUGGGGUACAUUCAGCUGUAUCUAAUGUAUUGGAAUGGUGACUCAGUCCAGCUCUGGACAAGUUGUGCUUCUGUAUUGUGCUUUGUGUGUGUGACCUGGCACAGGAAAAAGACAUCCUGCAGCUGAUAAAAAGGGUCUCUCGGCUUUGGAUUUCUGUUACAAGUGCAAAGGCGAAGAACCGAAUACAGGGAGGAGCAGUGACAGAGCAAAGUUAGUGCCAUGACAACAGAGGGAAUUGUGCUUUUACUAGUGCUGCCACUCUGCUUGGCGCUUGCACUACCGUGCCAUGCCCAGCUGCAAGAUGAUGCAUCAGGCCAAGAUGUAUGUAAGAAAUGCCAUACAAAUGCCACCUGCCUUGAGAGAAACAAAAAGUAUUCCUGUAUCUGUAACUAUGGAUUAAUUGGGAAUGGAAGGACACAUUGUCUGGAUAAGGAUGAGUGCCAGAUUGGUUCUUACAAGAUCUGUGGGAAUCACACAGCAUGUCACAAUACACAUGGCAGCUUCUUCUGUGUCUGCCUGGAUGGAUAUCGGCCUUCCAACAACCACAAGCACUUUAUACCUAAUGAUGGCACGUUCUGCACUGAUAUUGAUGAAUGUGAGUCAGCGGAUAUCUGUGGCUAUAAGGGAAAAUGCAAAAAUAUCCCAGGGAGUUAUGAGUGCUAUUGCAUGGAUGGCUAUCAACUGAAAAAUGGAACAGAACCAUUCCAGGCCAACAGUGAUAAUGGAUGCGUAGAUGUUGAUGAAUGUGAAGCAGAAGACAUUUGUGGACAUAAUGCGAAAUGUAGAAAUGUCCCAGGAAACCAUGAGUGUUACUGCAUGGAGGGAUAUAGGCUAAACAAUGGCACAGAACCUUUUCAAGCACAUAGUCGCAUGAAUUUAUGCUCAGUUAUUGAUUGCGGACAACCACCUGCGCUUUUACAUUCUCAAAUGAAUCUAGAAGGCAAUACUACGUUUGGAAGUCAAGUGACAUACAGGUGUGAUGCAGGAUUCACUGCUACUGCGGGACGCGCCAUGUCCAUCUGCACUUCUAAUGGGACAUGGGAAGGAGCCAGUCUUGUUUGCACAGUUAUAGACUGUGGUUUUCCACCAGUCGUACCCAAUGCACUAAUAAACUCCUCAGACAACACCACGUUUGGAAGCAAUGUGACAUACACAUGUAUGAAAGGAUAUGUGGCAUCCAGUGGUUAUGGUUUUGCAAGAUGUGCACAAAAUGGAAAGUGGGAAGCAGCUACUUUGUCAUGCCAAGUGGUGGAUUGUGGCCAACCUCCAUCCAUUCAGCAUACAUCCUCAAAAUUUGCAAGAAACACCACUUUGGGAAACACUAUAGCAUAUGAAUGCAUGUCUGGCUAUGUCAAGCAGAGUGGGAAUGGAAUUGCUGUGUGUAAUGAAGAUGGAGAAUGGGAUGGAGCUGACCUUAUAUGUAAAGAAAUAAACUGUGGGCUGCCACCUCCAGUUCCCAAUACACAGGUGAUUUUGAGCGGAACAACAAACCUUGGAAGUGAAGUGGAAUACAAAUGUGUGCAUGGUUACUACAACCCUGGCAACAGAAGUGUGUCAAGAUGCACCCUAAAUGAAAAAUGGGAAGAAGUAAAUGUCACAUGUAAAGUGAUUGGAAUUUUAAUUGGGAACGUGACUGUUUUCAAUGAGACGUGUCUACGGUGGAGAAAAAGUUCUGAAAUAAUAGACUGGGAGAUCCUAUAUAAGUUUAGCAUUCUUGGAAAAGGAUGGCACCAGAUACAUUAUGUUCAUGAAAAAGAUUUCAAGCUCCUCACAAACAACAGUUUUCAGUGUUUGGAUCUUCUUCCUGGAAAUAACUACUUGGUGAUAAUGAGAGCUGUGUUCCCCGAGAUGCAGGAAAUAUCAAUAAAUAUAACGUUGGAAACAGCUAUGAUAAAGAGAUUUGGUGACAUUACACUGUUCAAUACAACAUGUCUGCAGUGGACAAAGAGUUCUGGAAAAAAUGAAGAACUAGAGGAAUACACAGUCUUGAUAAAAGGACAAGUUUGGAAACCCCCAAAAAUAUCGCUGAACAUAAUGUUUAAUUUCAGUACAAGCAGUAGGAAUCCGGUGCUAUGUUUAAUGCUGCCCCCAGAGGAAGAAUAUAUUGUUAAUGUUACUGAAUCAUCCACAGGACUGUCUUCAUCUAUUCCUUUCCGCACCUUGGGGCAUGACAGUGAAGAUGUCAGUGGCACAGCACCUUUGGGUGAAAAUUGUUUGCAAUGGAACAGAAGUAUAGAGGAGAAUGGGGUGCAAGAGAUUUAUAGAAUUCAUGUGCAAGAGGCACAGGGGCAACCCAAGCCAAAUCCCCAGCUCUUGCUGUUUAACAUCAGUACAGACCAAGGUACAUCUCAGGUGUGCUUCAAGAUAGCAACAGAUCAGCAACAAUUAAAUAUGACAGAAGCCCCAUCUCCUCCUGAAGCCAACACAACUAGAGAACUUGACACUCCACUUCCAAAGGUGCAGUUUGUCUCAAAAUAUGGUCAGCUGCCAAAAGUAAGCAUACAGAAAACUGACCAACAUGCACCCUUCAGUUCCUACCAGGUAUUUGUGAAACAUUCUGGCCCCCUGUGUUCCUUUACUUGUGAUUCUCUGGAAGCGGUGCCGUACUUUCACAAUAUUUCCAAGACUCGUGCAUACGUCACAGCAGAAUUUUCACCUAGUGAUAUACCUGAGGUUCUAGAGUUCUCACUAGGGGACAGGCAAUACUACGGAGAGUUCUACAAUGCCCCUUUAGCACAAGAAAAAGAUUACUGCAUCAUCCUGAGAAUCAUCAGUAGGUGGGAUCGGGUACCAGAGUGUAUCCUUGUAGCAGAAAUUAAAGGUUUUACACCUUCAAGGAAUUAUAUGAAUAUAGUUUUACCAGGAUCAGUUGCCUUUGUGUGGUUUAUAAUAUUUCUUUCUUACUCAGCAGCACGGUGCUGUAAGAGGAGGUGAGAGGGAAUCAUUCAUAUAUGGACACUGUAAGACUCUGCCUUUGUUGUUGCAUUUCUCAGAAAUGUUGGGAUGACUGAUAGAAAACACACAUUUUUCAAAAUAAUGGAACAUAGACUUGAAUAAAUCUGCUUGAAAGCCACUGUGGUCUUUUCAUGAUCAUGAGGGCAUCAGUGGACCUUGCUUCUGCAAGAAUGUUAUUGUCUCCUUUGUUUUGACUACAAGAAUCAUCAACAGCAAAGAGUUAGUAGAAGUUGUUGAAUGAAACAAAAUCCACCGAGGACCUCAAUAAUUGUCUGCUAGACAUGAUGUUGCACUAUCUGAUUACUGAUAAAGCUUUUUUCAAGCUGACAAUGGGACACUUGCAAAGUAAAGGACUGUUUCAAGAGACAUUUCAUGUGAUGUAUGAAUCAUGAGUUUUUUGGUCUAUAUUUAUUUCUUAUUUCUAUCCAACCUGCAUUUGUCAUUGUAAUUUCCUCCCACUUUUCCCCUUUCUGAUUGUAGAAAUAAACAUUUAUUUUGAAAAGGAA